AUGACAGCAUUUAGAUUGAACCUGAUCAAACAUUGUGCAAGUUUAAGAGUCACUGAAUCCCCAAAACCGAUAGGACUCCUCAGUUUCCACCUUAACCCCCCAAGUUUCGUAGAUGCCCGCAUCAUCAAGACGGGCUUUGAUCCCAAUACUUACCACUCUAAUUUUCAGCUCCAGAACUUGUUAAAACGUGGCGAGGUAUCUCGAGCACGACAGGUGUUUGAGCAAAUGCCUCAGAAAAACACUUUCUCAGUAAACCUGAUGAUUUCCAGUUAUGUCAACUGUGGCAGUCUUUCUAAGGCUAGAGAGUUGCUUGAUAGCAUGGUUGAGCGUACAGCUGUAACAUGGACAAUAUUGAUAGGUGGGUAUUCGCAAGCUGGUCAAUACCGUGGAGCAUUUAAACUUUACGCCGAGAUGCAUAGGUGGGGAACUGAGCCGGAUUAUGUGACUUUUGCUACUCUCUUAUCUGGAUGCAGCAACAUGGAUGCUACAAAGGAAGUAGUUCAGGUUCAUUCUCAUAUUAUUAAGUUGGGAUACCAUUCUACACUCAUGGUCUGCAAUUCUUUGGUUGAUUCCUACUGCAAAUCACAUUGCCUGGAUUUUGCUUUUCGGCUUUUCGAGGAAAUGCCAGAGAGAGAUGCUAUUACAUUCAAUGCCUUGAUAACAGGGUACUCGAAAGAUGGCUUGAAUGAAGUUGCUAUUAAGCUCUUUGCUGAAAUGCAAAAUCUGGGAUACAUGCCUUCUGAAUUUACAUUUGCAGCAGUACUUUGUGCCGGUAUCGGUUUAGAUGACAUUGUGCUUGGGCAACAGAUUCAUGGUUCUGUGAUUAAGACUAAUUUUAUUGGGAAUGUUUUUGUGGGAAAUGCAUUGCUCGAUUUCUACUCAAAGCAUGACUAUGUGGUUGAAGCAAGGAAACUUUUUUUUGAGAUGCCAGAGUUAGAUUGUGUUUCUUACAAUAUAAUCAUCUCCUCCUAUGUAUGGGAUGGGCAAUUUAAAGAGGCACUUGGUUUUUUCCGUAAAUUGCAGUUUACCAAAAAUGACCGCAAGCAAUUCCCUUUUGCAACCCUGUUGAGCAUUGCAGCGAAUACUAUGAACAUAAAUGUGGGCAGACAGAUCCAUUCCCAGGCCAUUGCAGCAACAGCUGACUCAGAAUCUCAGGUUGGAAAUUCUUUGGUUGACAUGUAUGGCAAAUGUGGCAAAUUUACCGAAGCCAGAAGAAUAUUUGCAAGUAUGGCUGACAGAAGUACGGUUUCAUGGACUGCGCUCAUUUCAGCAUAUGUUCAGAAGGGACUUCAUGAAGAUGGCCUGGAACUGUACAAUGAGAUGCGCAGAGAAAAUAUUAGUCCUGACCAGGCCACUUUCGCAAGCAUCUUAAGAGCCUCAGCAAAUUUGGCUUCACUCUCACUAGGAAAGCAGUUACACUCAUCAGUCAUCACAUUAGGAUUCAUUUGCAACGUGUUUCCUGCAAGUGCACUUCUAGAUAUGUAUGCGAAAUGUGGGUCCAUGAAAGAUGCUCUUCAGACAUUUCAAGAGAUGCCAAAGAGAAAUGUUGUAUGUUGGAAUGCCCUGAUCUCAGCUUAUGCACAAAAUGGUGACGGAAAAGGGACUCUUAGAUCAUUUGAAUGGAUGGUUCAGUCAGGUUUUGCACCAGACUCGGUUAGCUUCUUGAGUGCUUUAGUUGCUUGUAGCCACUGUGGGCUUGUUGAAGAAGGACUACAUUACUUCAACUCCUUGAUGCAUAACUCUAACAUUGUUCCAAAGAGAGAACACUAUGCAGCAAUGGUGGAUGUGCUGUGUCGAAGUGGGAGAUUUCAUGAAGCAGAGAAAUUAAUGGCUGGAAUGCCAUUUGAGCCCGAUGAGAUUAUGUGGUCAUCUGUUCUAAACUCAUGCAGAAUUCAUAAGAAUCAAGAGUUGGCAGAGAGAGCCGCAAACAGACUUUUCAAUAUGGCCGAGCUUAGGGACGCAGCUGCUUAUGUCAACAUGUCAAACAUUUAUGCAGAAACAGGUGAGUGGGAGAGUUUGAGGGAGGUGAAGAAGGCGAUGAGGGAGAGGGGAGUGAGAAAGGUUACAGCGUAUAGUUGGGUAGAAAUCAAACACAAGAUUCAUGUAUUUACAGUGAAUAAUAAUAGCCAUCCAGAGAGUGGAAAAAUUAUGUCAAAAAUUGAUGAGUUGGCGAAGGAGAUGGAAAAGGAAGGAUACAAAGCUGACCCAAGUUGUGCCCUUCACAAUGAAGAUGAGGAUAGAAAACUGGAGUCUCUCAAAUAUCACAGUGAACGCUUAGCAAUUGCAUUUGCAUUGAUCAGCACACCAGAAGGUUCACCUAUAGUGGUGAUGAAGAAUUUACGAGCUUGCACAGAUUGCCAUGCUGCAAUCAAAGUGAUCACGAAGAUUGUUGGGAGGGAAAUAACAGUUAGAGACUCGAGCAGGUUCCAUCAUUUUAGAGAUGGGCUUUGCUCCUGUGGGGACUUUUGGUGA